CGUGUGUCUGUCAGAAGCGUGUGUGUGUGGAGGCCGACCUGUGGCCAGUGACACAGCGGACUGUUGGAGGGCAAAGUUUAGGGAGCAGCCUGUACACCUGGCUCUUAUCUGCCACUGAGGACACACACACAGGCUGCAGACAGACACUGGACCGGUGUGUGGGACACAUGCAGCAUGUAGCCAGGACUGAGGACAGCUGCUGGAUGCCUGAUCACUCUCCGCCGUCCUCCUCUGUCUGCUCCCGUCCGCUGCACUGAUCCGAGCCCCUGUGACCCGCAGGAGCCAUGGGUGGGAGUCUGGGCUGCCACCGCUCCAUCCCCAGGGACCCCACAGACUUCAGCUGCGGCAAGCGCAAAUUCAGCGCCGCUUGUAACUUUGGCCACAUCCUGGUGAACCAGGAGCGGCUGAACAUCAACACAGCCACCGAGGAAGAACUCAUGACUCUCCCGGGAGUCAACCGCACUGUUGCGCAGAACAUUGUGGAGUACCGGGACUGUAUCGGAGGCUUUAAAAAGGUGGAGGACCUGGCUCUGGUGAGCGGGAUCGGGGCCACCAAACUGGAGGUGAUCAAACUGGAAAUAUGCGUCUCCAGCAGGACCAGUUCGUCCCAGCACUCCCCGUCCUCCCUGCGCAAAGACCUGGACCAUCAGUCGUGCACCGGGAUGAACAUUAACACCGCCACCCCGGCGCAGCUCAUGAGCAUCCGAGGCAUCACGGAGAAAAUAGCCAAGAACAUCGUGGCCUACCGGGCGGAACACGGCCCGUUCAAAAGCAUCGAGGACCUGGUGAGGGUCCACCACAUCAACAGCUCCCUCCUGGACAAAAUCCGCUUCCAGGUGUUCGUGGAGCGCUCCAGGGCGCCCUCCACUAACACUAACGGAGGGCUGACCUGCACCACCAAGUCCCACCCCAGCCCGACUUCAUUCAGUCUCAGGAGCGACGACCUGGACCUCCCGCCCGGAGGACCGACCCAGAUCAUCUCUGUGCGGCCCAACGUGGAGCCCCCGCCCGGCCUGCGGGACGGGAAGCCCGUGGUGCGUCUGGCCACCUGGAGCCUGCAGGGCUGCUCCUGCGACAAGGCCAACAACCCCGGGGUCAAAGAGGUGGUGUGCAUGACCCUGCUGGAAAAUGACAUCAAGUUACUGGCGGUUCAGGACCUGCUGGAGCGGGAGGCUCUCGAUAAGUUCUGUGUGGAGUUGAACCAAGGAACCCUGGCCAGCGUACGGAAGUGGAAAUGGCCACGAGGGUUGUGGAAAAGUGUUGUGUCUGAAAAACCCACUGGACACAACAGCAAGGGAGUGAGCUACUCCGGCUUUCUGUGGGACUCCUCGUCUGGUAUUGAUCUGAAGGAUGCUGCAGUUCUGGACUCUCCUGUUGUCAACGGCAACGGAAAUCAUACCUACCCUCGACUCUACCUGGCUCACUUUAUUGUUGGUACUUUCGAGCUGACAGUGGUGAACGUCCACAUGCCGGCCACAGCUGCAUCGGCAGAGUCCAACGGCAAAAACCACAACACAGACGACGCCAAGUGUCCGCACCUCUCACCCAGCAUCCAGGAGACACUCAAAGGUGAGAAGGAGUUGUUGGUGCUGGGAGAUUUCGGCUCCCCUCCUCAGAGCUCAGAGCUCGACAUACUGAGGAAAGAGAAGCUCUGUGCUCUGGUACCUUCGUCCCUGUUCACCAACAUCAGCACCCGCUCACCGCAGGGCACCCGCUGUCUGGACAACAUCUGGGUGAGCCGCUCCCUCAAGAAGAUCUAUUCAGGACACUGCAUGGUAGUGCGGGAGGGUUUGACCAACCCCUGGAUCCCAGACAACUGGUCGUGGGGCGGUGUGGCGUCAGACCACUGUCCUGUGGUGGCUGAGUUUUACGCGGAUGUGUCCCCGAAGGAAAUGAGCAGGCCUGGUAUGGCCGUGGUGGACAGAGGAGACAUUAUGCCCAAACACGAGCGGUGACAGCAUCCACGGUCACAUUAAAGACAGCUGUGGAUGACAUCAGACUUUGUCCUUCCUGGAUCCUGCUUUUUCUUGGUUGGCUGUGGAGCAAAGAGUUUCCUGAUGAAUGUGAAGAAGUGCCAAGAUUGCCUUUUGGGUUUCAAUUUAUCAAUGUAUAAUAAUAAGUGGUCAUAGAGCCAUAAAAUGUUCAGAUUAAAGAUAUAUAUAAUAUACUUUAAGGAGAAAUGUGCCAAACAUUUUCUAUAUGUAUAUAAAAUAAAGAGAAAUUGAUAGAUGUUC